AUGUCUUCCAGUGAACAUUCCACGGAGAAUAAUGGAUCAGAAUCAAAAGAAGAAUUACAUAUUGAUAUUGGCAAAUCUAGCGAAAAUGAAUCGGAAAAUGAAAACAAAGAAAAUAACAAAAAAGAAUCUACAAAGGGAAAGGAACAGAAGUCUGAGCAAAAAGAAAAAUCAACUAAGGAAUCCAAGGUAGAAGAAGCUUCAGAUAAGGAAGAAGAAAAAGAAUCUGAAAAGGAAAGCGAAAAGGAGGAGAGCAAGGAAGAAUCAGAAGAGGCCGUAGAGGAGAAAAAGGAUAAGAAGAAAGCUGAAAAAGCAGGCAAGAAGGAAACAAAAGACAAAAAAUCGCAGAAGAAAGGAAAGAAAGGAGAUGAUGAAGAGGCAAAGGAAAAAAAGCCAAAGGCUACAAAUCCAAAGCCAAGAAAAUCUAAGAAAGAAGCUCCCCAACCUCCAGAAGAAUUGCACGUCCGAGAAAUUGUUGGAUGCUCAAUUAUCGAAGGCGUUCCAAACUUUAAUGUUAAACUUAAAGAAGGAAAGACAAAACAAGUACCUCUUCCAACUGCACGCGCACAAUUCCCAGAACUCUUAAUCAAAUUCUUUGAAACUAACAUUUUGAAUGAUGAAUCUGAAUAA